CUUCGCGUUCACUUGUUCGGGAGCGCCUGCUAAAAGACUACAGUGUGAAAUCUCGUGUUUGUUUUAAGGUAGAGAAAAAAAUCAACAAGAAAAAUACGUAAAAAUGAAAUUUAUUUUGGCGAGUGCUCUUUUGGUGAUUGGUGUGUGCGCUCAACACGAUCACACUCACAGUGGAAAUCACGAACACCACAGGGUUAAUGUUGACGUUUACUAUGAAUCAUUAUGCCCAGAUUCCAGGAAAUUCUUCAACCAACAACUGUACCCAUCUCUACAAGGCGAACUCAAACAAUUCGUCAACCUAACCUUGGUACCCUAUGGAAAAUCAACGACUGAAUCGAACUUGGGAAACCUCGUUUUUAAGUGUCAUCAUGGUGAUAUCGAGUGUUACGGCAACAAGUUGCACGCAUGUGCUUUGCAUAACAUCGAGAGAGGUAACAACACCAUGGGUCUGGGUUUCAACAAGGUUGCCACCGGUUUUGUAAAUUGUUUGAUGGACAAGUCCGUAAAAAAAGAGGACCAAGAACCGCAAAUGUCGUUUCCUAGCAACGACUGCGCCAACUUGAACCAAGUGCCGAAUGUCAACAUAAUCGACAACUGCGCUAAACAUCACGACGGUUCUACGUACCUUGCACAAGCUGGCAACAUGACUGACAUGUUAAUGAAACCUUUAAAAAGCGUACCAACCAUUGUUUUCGACAAAAUAUACAAAAUGGAGGACAGCCAGAUGGCCCAAAAGAAUUUCGUGAAAGCUUUGUGCCAGUACAUCAAAAUGUCUCCAAAACCCGCUACAUGCCUCGAAAACAGCGCAUACACCAAAGAAAUUAGCGUAACCGCCAUUUUAUUGGCUUUCGUUCUCUCCAAAUUCGUGUUUUAAGAUUUUAGAUGUAAUGUAUGUGUAUGUGGUUAGUGUAUGUGGAACUUUAGACCAACUUUUCCGAACCUUUGUAAUGCCUUCAUAUCCCUGAUGCCUUCAAUGUACUUUAAAAAAGAAUACUUAAAUUAUAUUAUGCGAUAUAUUAUAAAUGUAUUUACAAAAAGAUCUCCUACGAUGAUUUAAAUAAAAAUAUUUU